AAUAUGGCGGAUUGAACUUGUCCCAUUUGAGAAUGGAGACAUUUUCAACUGAAAACGAAGAGAAUACCGAAUCGAAUUCACGAAAACUGCAAGCAGAAAGUUUGCCCAAGUCUUCCCAAGUUUCUGUGGCAUCUGAGCAAGGUGAUAAUGAUGGCGUUUUGAGCGACGAACAACUUGAAAGUUUGCUAUUGGAAAGAACUGACCAUGUAUCAAGGUUUCAAUUGGGACAGUUUUAUUUUGAAAGGAAAAUAUACGAGAAAGCGUUUGUAGAGUUUGAGAAACUUAAAGAUCGCGACGUUCAAGCGUUAUAUCAGCUGGGUGUGAUGUAUUAUGACGGUUUAGGAGUCCAAGAAAAUGGAGUAAGAUUUAUAAUUUUUAUGUACAGCGUCUUGCCCAGAAUCCGGACAAGAAGUAUUAUUACCUGAUAUCCUAUCUUUCAACUGAUCGCUAAUUUAAAACGUUUAAAACUGGCAACCACUGUCUUAUACUCCCUAUUUUGAAAUUUGGUAAUUGACACUUUACUGUGUAGAUAUACCCCUUCAAAAGAGGUUGUUAAUAAUUAAUCUUCUUUAUUAUUUUACUCUGUCUAAUGCUAGGCAAUAUUACGUACAGGGGAGAGCGCUGGUGCUCAAAUAAAGAGCUGCCUGUUUUUAGGAUUUAGACAAAAGUAUCCUGUGAUUCUAGUUUUUACUAUCUUGACUGACCUGAGGUGUCUGUAUUAAGAGCUGUUUGUAAUUUAUAGAGAGGUGUCCUUGGGGUGAAGUUUGACUGUUUAGAAAUGUUACAAUAUGCUCUUGUAUUAUAGGAAAAAGGAUUUAAAAUUAUGGAAUCAAUCUGCAAGAGUAAAAGGAGGCAAGCUGAGCCUCUGAUUCCGUUUGCUCAAUACAAUGUUGGUCGUGCAUACUAUGAAGGCAAAGGCGUGAAGCAAAGUGACGAUGUUGCUGAACGCUACUGGUUGUUGGCAGCCAAGGGCGGGACUAUUGAAGGAUCAAUAAAGGCACAAAGUAUUUUAGGAAUGUUUUAUUCACGACCAGGAGAGCCAAGUUAUGAUAUUAAGAAGGUUAUUACCUUCUUUAAUUUGAUUUUGUCCAAUAAUAUUUAUUUACAUGAAAGUAUGAAGAAAUAUGGAAUAUUAGAGAGUUUAAGCUUGAAGUAACGCGGUUAUACGGUAAACGCCAGGCAAAGAAAAUUUUAUGGUAUCAGGUAAUAAAGAAUAAAUGAACUUUCUGUUUUAAAACUGCAAUUGCAUGACUAUUCUUUCGACACAAGAAACUUUGUGAACUAAGAAAGUUCGAACCUGCCGUCUUUGCCGUUCCCGGAAACGCGAAGCUUAAACUCCCUAUUGCAUAGGAUGUACUAUUAAUAUCUGCAUCUGCUAAUUUGAUAAAGGUGGAUAUCCCCUGGACAAACAAUAUUUUUAGAGGUUUGACUGACUUAAUCUAGUAUUAGUGACAUCCACAAGCUUUUGUGUAAUUAAAAUUUAAUUACAAAUUUAAUCAGCCGUCAUCCAUCACCUGCUUUUCUUGGGUCAAAUCAUUCAAGCUUUUAGAAUUUAUUUGAAGGGUGGUUCCUCCAUGCUUGCCUGGCCUCACAUACAGUAAGUUCCCAUUCUUUAAAAGCGACAUACUAUUUGUACUAUAUGUGAUUUUCAGUUUUUAAUAUUUCAGUCAUAUCAUUGGCACCAAGAGGCAUCUGGGAAUGGAAAUAUUGAAUCACAAGGUAUAGUAAUAUUUCUCCAAUUGUUCAGGUCCAAAUUGUUGGUCUAUGUCACACUCGAUAUUUUUUUAGGCAGAAAUUUCAGCACACCUGGGAUGUACUUAGUUUAUAAAAUUUUUUUCAAUUUAUUUGUUUUUAAUGUGUAUCUCGCUACUUUUGUGUCCUUGACUGCAUCUUAAAAUUUCCUGUUGUCCCCCUUUGGUCACCCUAGGGAUGCAUGAUGCCUGCGUCCCCCUUUGCAUUUGAUCAAAGUUUUUACAACAUGUUUUUAUCUGUUGAAAACCAGUUCAGGUUUGAUGAGAGGAAUGGUUUUCAACAAAUUUCAGAGAGUUUGGAGUGGUUUGGGGGCACUUUUGAAUUUUGAAAAAUUUCCAAUGGUCUCCCUUUGGUCAGCCUAUCAUGGAUACAUGCUAACUAUAUAUUUCAAGCUACUAUACAGAACUUCAGCCCAACAGUGUCUAUUAUGUGGAUAUUCUAUGGACCAUAAAAUCAUUACAGUAAUUCUUGUAUUUUGCAGGUGCUUUAGGUGUGAUGUUUGAAUAUGGAAUUGGAAGUCCACGUGAUGUGCAAGCUGCAUUUGAGUGUCUGAAAGGCGCAGCAGAGAAAGGAAACGUCUAUGCUCAAGGAAAUCUUGCCAUGCAUUAUUAUCGUCAGAAAUUAUACAAUCAAGCUUUUGAAAUUGCUGAGAGGUAAAAAUAUUUGAUGUUGUUUUGUUUGCAGUUUGAUAAUACUGUACAUGUAUGUUUUGUUAAAUUCCUAAGAAUAUGCAAAAUUCGGUAAAGAAAUUAUAUAGGUAUCCCAAACCUUGAUGCAAUUAGGUUUGAACUUUUGCACAGUAUGCUUAAGCCAACCCCCUAUUUUGGCUUAAUAUAAAACAUUUGGAUUACUUUAGGCAAAAGCCAAGGGUUUUUUUAAAACAAAUGGAAAACCAUAGAGCACAUGCAAUUUUGGCUACAAUGCAUCGUACAAUAUAUGCUUGUUUUGAAUAUUUGGAAAAUAAGUUAUAUGUACGUGCAAAUAUUUGAAAUAUGUUUUUAUUUAAAAAUCUGCUAGACCUGUUCCCCCCAAAUUGCUCUGUUUUCCACUAACAUGACAAUUACUUUUUACCCCCAGUGUAGCCAAACUUGAAGAAGUGGAAACGAUAGCAAAAGUCACAGACUGUCUAGUACUUUAUGUUGCUAAAGGAAUUGCUCUUGGUUGCUUUGUGUAUGCUAGAUGUCUGUACAAAGGAUACGGAGUAGAGAAAAACGAAGAAAAGGCCAUUAACUGGUUCAAACGGGUGAGUUAAGCUAGUUUCCAUUUGGUCGUUAGUUGUCGCUGGCACGACAAGUGGCUGAUCUAAUAGAGUGUCAACAAAAAACUCUGUAAUCAUUAAGACUGAUUUGCAUAUCACACAAAAAGACUAUCUACUGCUUGUCAUGCCAGCGACAACUAACGACCAAAUGGAAACUAGGCUUUAUGCUACUCUAUGGUUAAUCCUAACUCUAGGCACGACAACUAACGACCAAAUGGAAACUAGGCUUUAUGCUACUCCAUGGUUAAUCCUAACUCUAAUCCUGGAAUUAACUCCAUGGUUAACCACCCUAACCCUAGGGGUGAACACAGCAUUGCUAGGUAAGCAAACUACCCAGACCACGCCCAAAAGAACAUUAUUGGUGGCAGAAGAAAGGAGGGUCAGUCAUUUUAAGUUUUUUUGGGUUUUUUUUUUCAUUUUUUAAUUUCUUACCCCAACUAUCAUAAAAGGAUCGAUCAUAAGAACGACAACACGUAAGUCCCUAACUAAAUCCUACCAAAACACUACAAGACAAAGAUUACAUUGUACAUAUACAAAACGAUAUUGAACAAUUAAUUGGCUUGCUCGAGGGUUAAAUUCAAACUAAUGAACUAUUCUCCCCUUAUUUAGGCAUAUAAGUUUGAUCCUGAAACAGUCGCUCGUUUUCAAGAUGACAUGACCUAUGGUUAUAUUUAAUAAUCUUAUGAUGAAUAUAUGUAAUUUGUGAGGGUGUUUAGUGUUGCGGUUUAAAUAUAGCAAGACUCACCAUGGACAUCAUUCAGAAGAGAAGAAAAUACUAGACCUUCAAUUUUUAUUUUUGACUUUGCUGAGUAAUAUACAUAUUUCAAUAUUUAAUCGUAAGAUAUUAUCUCGACUAAACCACUAACUUUUCGUCCACAAAAAAAUAAACGCUAACCUUCAAACUUUUUGUCGACUGAAACGCUAAAGCCUUUGCUCCGUUUUUGUCACUUUUCAUAAUCCUCAAAAGGGGUGAACCUUCACUUUUUGGCCGUUUUUAGCCUCUUUCAAAAUUGAAAAUGGACGAAAAGUUAAGGCGAUAAACCUUAACUUUUUUUUAACGAAAAGUUAAGGCGAUAGCCUUACUUUUUUGCCAUUUUCACCCCAUUUUCACAAAAUGAGAAAAGUUGCUAAAAAUGUACGAAAAGUUAAGGGCAUACCACACUUAGUUAGCCUUUAUUUUUUGGGGACCCUUUCAAAUGUGGCGGAAGAUUCACACGGAAAAUAUUAAAUCUAUUAAACAAUAUUGAAUAAACGAAAAUUUCGCUAUUUAUUACAUUUUUCAUGAGCUAUUUACACGAUACAAAUUGUACUUAAUAUAUUACAAUUUUUAUUAGUUCAAUUUUGGUCUGCUUCCAUAUCGUGUACGUACAUAAAGCUCGGUGUUUUUCAGCAUUCAGACAGGACAUUGUGAAUUAAAACGGUUUUUAACUCGAUACGAGAGAACCACAAGUAUCUUGAACUUUGGAUUCGAUGAAAAUCUAAAAA